UAAAUCAGUUUAGUUGUGUCUUUAAUAUCGAACUGGGUAAACGUAUAUUUAGUACAAUUACAAUUCUAUAGAUUGUACUAGUCAAGGAAAAAUGUGUUUCAAAACCAACAGUUUUUUCUUCAUUAAAUUGAGUAAAGGAGCCAAAUUUUUCGGAAUCAUAUGUACAUUAAUCUCCUUGGUGGCGACGAUGAUACUCCUGGUACCUAUUGUGCGUAACAAGACCUUGCCUCCUCUUGUACAGUUAUUCUACCGCGUGAUCUGUUUUCUAUCUAUCAUCCACUUCUUUUCCGGUCUUUUUCUUCUAUACGGCAUUUUUAAGAAAAUGCCAAAAUUUAUGAUCUGUUGGAUACUAGUAAGUUGGUGCAUCGGCACUUUUUUUAUAGUCAUUGGUCUUUUGGGUACCAUCAGCAGUGUUCUAUCAUUGGACCCAGUAUCUGAAGAACCUGUGCUUCAAAGCACCGUCGCAGCCAUUUUCGUUAUUUAUGGACUACUUUUAAUUUAUAUUACGAAGGCGAUGACGGCGUUCAAACAUCAGCUGGAAAACGAGCACAAGAAAGAUGUUAACAUUAGAGAUAUUGAAAAAACACUAAUUGAAACUGAUAAGGAAGAUGAUGAUAAUAUUCAACCAUUAAACACCGACCGAGAAUUGGAAUGUAAGCCAGCAAGGGGCGCAUAAAUCAAUGUGUUUUUUUUUUAAGUAAGAAUAGAUAGAUAAUUAUAAUA